AUGGUCUCGACAAGAAUGUCGAAAAUGCGCGCAGUCGUCUACGAUAAGCCGUUCAAGGUUACGGUCCGCGAAGUCGAGAAGCCCAAGAUUCUUCAUCCCGACGAUGUUAUCGUCAAAGUGACGACAUCCUGCAUUUGUGGGAGUGACUUGCACAUGUACGAAGGCCGCACCGCUGCUCAAGCAGGUAUCGUCUUUGGACACGAAAACAUGGGUAUCGUCGAUGAAGUCGGGUCUGGCGUUACCCUUCUCAAGAAGGGUGACCGUGUCGUCAUGCCCUUCAACGUAGCCUGCGGUCGUUGCGUCAACUGCGAAGAAGGUCGUUCUGCUUUCUGCACUCUUGUGAAUCCUGGUUUUGCUGGAGGAGCUUACGGCUACGUUGCAAUGGGUCCUUAUCCUGGUGGCCAAGCGGAAUACGUCCGCGUUCCGUUUGCCGACUUCAAUGCCCUCGUCCUCCCCCCCGGCACGGAACACGAGGAGGAUUUCGCCCUUCUCGCUGACAUCUUCCCCACUGGCUGGCAUGGCGUUCAGCUUUCUGGCUUCCGCCCCGGCGAAUCUAUCGUCGUUUUCGGUGCUGGCCCUGUCGGGUUGAUGGCCGCCUACUCUGCCGUUCUUCGCGGCGCUUCGGACGUAUAUGUGGUCGACCGUGUUGCCGAACGACUGGCCAAGGCGAAGGAUAUCGGGUGUACCCCCAUUGAUUUCGGCAAGGGUGACGCUGUUGACCAAAUCUUGAAGCUGCGUGGCGGAAAAGCAGUUGACCGUGGUGUCGACGCUGUGGGUUAUCAGGCCACAACUGGAGACGGCAAGACCGAGGUCCCCAAUGCCGUUAUUGAAGCCCUCGUUCGCGUCGUUCGCCCAACAGGUGGACUGGGUAUCCCAGGGCUUUACGUUCCCAGCGACCCAGGCGCACCAGAUGCCGCGUCAGCUAAAGGCUAUAUGAGCUUCCCAUUUGGCAAGCUCUUCGAGAAAGGACUCACCCUUGGCACCGGCCAAUGCAAUGUCAAGGCAUAUAACCGCUACCUCCGCGACCUUAUCAUUGCCGGCCGCGCGAAACCAUCGUUCGUCGUCUCGCAUAACGUGUCUCUUGACGAAGCAGCCGAUGCCUAUGACAAGUUCGACCGCCGUGUGGAUGGGUAUACGAAGGUUUUGUUGCAUCCUUGA